AGGAAAACACCAGACAUCAAUCGGAAAAAUGACGUCGCGAGUCGUCACUAUCUUUUGAGGAUAAUCGCAUUUUAUUUUUUGUUUAGCAAAAGACGGUGGCGACGAAGCACUCCCACAAUAAGCGUUUUGUUAACGAUAUCGUUGUGUUGUUGUGUUUUCUUGGACAAUAAUAUACACAGAAAUGGGUGACGAAAUGGACCCUUGCGAGUGCAUCUGGAACCACGAGUUGGCAAUGCGGCGACUGAUCUCUCUGCUUCGACAAGGACAAUCCUACUGCACGGACACAGAAUGCCUGGACGAGGUGAGCGGGCUGCCGGCGCCCGAGUCUGCCGGUAACAGCUUCCUGGUGAUGUUCGCGAUGAUGGCGCUCGCCGUCGCCAUGUACAUGCUGCGCCCGCGGCGCCGCCAGUUGCCCGAAGCCAACAAGCCUCCGCGCAACUCACAGGAUCACGACGGAGCUCCGCCGACGCCGCCAAGACUUUAAUCGUGGACGGAACCCGGACAUCGACCUCUUUCAUAUAAAAUAUAAACCUAAAAGGUUUACCACAUAACAGUCCUAAUAUCUGCCAAUUGUUUUAUAUGGAACGGGUCCAAAAUAACCGACGACCAUACCAGGAUCAUAGUAAAGGGCUAAGGUCCGAGCGUUUUGA